AUGGAUGGAGAAGUUGAUCAUUACCCAGAUUUUUUAAAUAAAGACUUUGUACAAAUCACGAAGAUCGACAAAGGCGCUUUUGGUAAAAUUUUUGUUGCCCGGCGGAAAGACGAUUCGAAAGUAUACGUGCUCAAGCUGAUGUUUGGAGAGACUGACAAGGAUGUGGAGUCGGUGUGCGAUGAGAUUGUUGUCUUGGCAUCGACAAACCACCGGAAUGUAGUCCGGUAUUUGGAUGCGUGGAUCGAAUCGAUGUGCGUGACGGAGUACGACAAAUAUUACAAAGAGAUUGACGAAGAGAGUGAGGAGUGCGAAACGCCGAAAAUUUCCGAAAAAAUCAAGACUGUCCCAUCUCGAAAGAAGAAUCCCAACCUCAAAGUUUCCGAUCUUGAUUAUGAGUUAGGGAAUAAAGAAGACGACUUUUCAGAAAAUGAUUUCAACCAAGAUUGGUCUGUUGAAGAUACUGCUGUUCCUGAUGCGGAUGACAUACAAUGGGGGUUUGAUGAAGAUUUGGACGGUUCCGAUAAAGUAACAAAACAAUCUGAUUUGAAAUGUGAUUGUGAUUUUGACAACGAGAUUGACGAAUGUCAGAAUAAAUCUGCUCAAGAGGAUACAGAAAACGAAGAAAUUGAAUACUUUUCUGAGAAGUCAGGAAUUGACGAUGAAAAAUUGUCUGACAAAGACAAUUCCUCAACCUCCUCUCCUGAUGCUCAACCCGAUAAUGUAGCAAACCAACCUAUAACUUUAUCCCAUUCUCGGCUCGACACAAGAAGUGAGCAAGAGAAAUUGGCGACCGUUCGAGUCGUUGUGAUUCAAAUGGAGUACUGUAGUGGCAGCAAUUUGAGUCGCAUCAUUGAGUCGGGGGAGCUCCACGUUUCGAAGAAGAACUCGACUGAAAAGGUAUCGAAUUAUUUCAAGCAGAUCAUGAAAGGCAUCGAAUACAUUCAUUCGAAGAAUAUUAUCCACGGUGAUUUAAAACCCGCCAACAUCUUUCGGGAGGGUGACGUGUUGAAAAUUGGGGAUUUUGGAUAUGCGAGUUUGAUCACGACGAAUAACAAGUGUAAAUUUGUGGGAACACCUGGAUAUACUGCGCCUGAAGUUGAAACGGGGAAUUAUGACACGAAAAUAGACAUUUAUAGUGCGGGUGUUAUUCUGAUGGAAAUGUGCAUGAGCUGUGUGACGCGGACGGAGUUCAUUGGAGGGUUGGAAUUAUUAAAGAAGGGGAAGGUGAGCGAUAGCGUGUUGAAUUACUACCCGCAGUUGAGCGAGUUGAUACCGAAGAUGACAAAUGAAAGUCCGGAGAGAAGGCCAACGAGUGAGGAAAUUCUCGGAAGACUUUUUGGGAUGGAAGAGACGAAGAGAAAACUCGAGGGGAUUGCGCCGAUGCUACAAAAUCACUUUGGCGUGUUUCCGACGAUUGUCUCGAAGGCUGAAUAUAGGAACAGUGAUGAGUGUGUUUUUCGAGAAAAGUUCUUGGAAGGGGUUGGGAAAAUUCAGAACUUAAUGAAGAAAAUAAUUAAAAUGUGUGGCGGAGAAGUGAGAAUUUUGUAUCCCAUAGUCCCAUAUAAAGUGGUGGAAAACAAUGAAGUCACAUCACCAUUACUUAUUAAUUGUGAUAAGAAUUUACUUGUGGUGUUGAACAAUUUCAAUGAUAUCACCAAAUAUGUCAUGGAACAAAGAAAAUGGAAAGACGAACGAGUGAUGGGGGUAUUUGUUGGGAUUUAUGAUAUGAGUAACGCAGAUGUCGCGAAUUACUCCGGGGGAUUAAUACUGAAAAGUUCGAUGAAUGAAGAUUUGACAAUGGAUAUCGCCGAGAUAUUUGGGAUUGUGAUUGAAUUGUUAACAAAGAUAUCGAAUAACUUUAAAAUCAAAAUAACAAACGAUUUUAUUAACACGGUAAUCAUGAGACUUCCAAAAGACCAACAGAAACGAUUAUUUAAAGAAGAGAAUUCACUUCCACAAAUGAUUCGGGCAUUAAAGAUGAUGAAAAGUGGGAGAGUUCUUCAAAAUCCAUUUGAAGAGUCUUCUGUAGAAAAUUUCAUACAAGAACUGGAGAUGUACUGCGACGUGUGUGAUAACAAGGUUUUUUAUUCGUCGGUAUUGCAUAGCCAAAGUCAUGACGGAGAUCUUUUGGAUAUUGAAAUUCAAAUCAACGAACAAGUAGUUGGGAGUGGUGGUGUCUUAAAGCGAGUUGGUCGUGAUGCGAAUGAAUCAGCAGUUGGUGUGUUACUUAACCAGACGAUCAUCGCUCUUUUAGAAGAGGAAAGCAUCACCAAGAAUCUUGACACCCCUCAAAUUGGGGAUGUCUUCAUUGACAUUGAGAAUGAAACAUUACUUAAGAUGGUUCGCCUGUACUUUGAACGAAGUAACUUACACGUCAUCGAGAGCAACUUAUAUCGUGAGAGUAAUAAGAAGUGGAUUCGUGUGAAAAUGACCGACCAUUCGAAUAUCGUUACUUUUGAUGAAAUAGAGUUUGGGACGACACAAAUCUCGGUGAACUUAUUCUUAGAAGACCAGAUAGUUGGUGGGAAGGGGAAUAUGAAUAUAUUAGACGCCAUAGAGUACAUCAAAGAAGUAUACAAGAGUAACUGGAUCGUUGGAGAGAAAGUGAAUAUUCCAUCGCGACUUGCUCUCUAUAACAAAACGCCAGUGAUUCCAAGUGUAAGCGUUCAAGAAGAGUAUAUCAAGUGUUUGAUUGAAAAGAAUGUCAGAUUUACGCUCUCAGAAAUACAGAAGGAUAAACAUUUUGACAAAACACUCUUUCAAAAGAUCACGUCUACUGUAGUUAAGUUGAAUCAAUGCUUUGGUGCGGUGGCAGAUGAUAUUACCGUUCCGUCCGUGUUAAUUGUGUAUUCAAAACCGGAUAAAGUGUAUAUUCCUCUCAUGAUCAAUCCCUCGCGACUGCAGACCGACAAAUAA